CCCUGAGGGGAGCUAGAGUCCGGUAGGGGAGGGCCGCGGCGUUAACCGGGGCAACGGCGACGCACUUUCCGGUGGUUGGGCCCGCGCUGUGACGUCAUGUCCGUUUAACGACCUUAGCAAAGGGACGGUGUCGCGGACCGCAGCGACCCCGACCCCGACCCCGACCCCUGCCGCAUCACCUCAUUCCAUGCCGUGCCAGUACCGAGCUCCAGCGACUGAACAAUGGUGCCCGGCGAAGACGAGGAGUCCAGAAUGGAUGGGGACAUUGUCAGUCCCACAGACCUGUCAGAAAUCCUGAAGGAAGGGACAAAGGAAUCACAUGACCGAGCAGAGAAUACUCAGUUCGUCAAGGACUUCCUCAAGGGCAAGAUUCAUCGGGAGUUGUUCAAGCUUGGCACGGUAGCCCUUUACUACACCUACAGCGCCCUGGAGGAAGAAAUGGAUAAGAAUGCCGAGCAUCCAGCCUUUGCUCCCCUGUACUUUCCCCUCGAGCUGCAUCGCAAGGAGUCUCUUGCUAAGGAUCUGGCAUUCCUAUGGGGUCCCAGCUGGAAGGAUCAAAUCCAGUGCUCGGAGGCUACGAGGAGAUACACAGAGCGGAUCCAUCACAUUGGGGAGCAUGAGCCUGAGUUGCUGGUUGCCCAUGCCUACACCCGCUACAUGGGGGACCUGUCAGGGGGGCAGGUGCUAAAGAAGGUGGCCCAGAGGGCCCUCAGCUUGCCCAGCUCAGGAGAGGGUGUCCUCUUUUACACCUUUGACAACAUCUCCAACCCAAGUCGCUUCAAGCAGCUCUACCGCUCGAGGCUCAACAGUCUGGAGCCCAGUGAGGAAAUCAGGCAGAGGAUUGUGGAGGAGGCUAACCAGGCCUUCCGCUUCAACAUGGAGGUAUUUGAGGAACUGGAUAAAAUAGGAAAAACCCUUAAAGGAACGGGUCAAGAAGAUGGAAUCCCACUUCACGAUGGCAAAGGAGAUGUUCGAAAGUGUCCUUUCUAUAAUGCCAAAGGCAAUGGUGAAAUGGGGUGCCCACUUCAUGGAAUGAUGGCCAUCGUGCAGAGCUCUCCUUUCCAGGUAGUGAUGGCUGUUCUUCUGGCACUGGCUGCCAGCUGGUAUCUGCUAUGAGGCCAACUGUCACAGACAGACAGUCCAAAGUGAUGCAAAACUCACCCCUUGAUGUCUAACAUUGAUGCAAUUGAGACCCAGCAGGACUGGCAAUGAGAAAGUCAGUGUGGACGGCUGUCCCUUUGAACACAGUGGUUGGCCUUCGUCACUGUGGCCUGUUUGUUUAAUGUCCAAGAUCUCAGCUGCAUUUCUUGAACUGUACCAUUUCAGGCUGUUCUUCGAGAAUUUUUCAUUCAUUUUAUUGAAGGAGCAUAGCUGUUUAUAAUUGACAAAACCCUUUACUGAGACAACAUGCUUAAAACUCACCUGGUCCUCACUCACAUAACACAGGCUUCAGACUGAUCAGAUAGGCCUGCAGCUAGAGACAGUUCCCACUAUUAAAGUGGUUGGGGUAUAAUUAAACUGUAAUGCUGAAAUUCCACUUUCUGUAAUAUGUGGUUAAAUCUGUCAUUAAUUUUUCAAUGUUAUUUACCCAGUAUUUAUGCACAAAUAUUAAACGUUCUAACCACCA